AUGCCGAUCUUCUCCAUUCACACCAAUGUCCCAGUUGAAGCCAGCAAGGCUACUGAAAUCGCCAAAGAGUUCUCCAAAGUGAUUGCAAGAAUUCUCGGAAAACCAGAAUCAUAUGUCUCCGUGCAUAUUCAAGCAGGGUCAUCGCUCGUAUUCGGCGGAUCUUCGGAUCCUGCUGGCUACGCAGUGCUCAAAUCGAUUGGUGGAGUCGGUGGAAAGAAGAACAAUGAUCAUUCGCAAGAACUUUUUCCGCUCGUCGAAAAAUUUUUCGGAAUUCCAGGAAAUCGCUUCUACAUCGAAUACAUCAACAUCGGUGCUGCUGAUAUCGCUUUCAGCGGAGCUACUUUCGCCUAA